AUGGGAAAAUUAGGUGUUUCAAGAAGUGGUGCAUCUUGUUUUGUUUUUCUUCUUUUGGUGUUAUCUCGGAAGGUUGCAGGUCGUGUGCAUUAUGAUGCUGCUGCUGCUCAUCAGUUGCUGCUCUCAGAUGGUACUAGUGUUAUUAGUGAUCAUGAAGAAGACUCCUUUCUGCAUGAUCAUCUCAAAGGAAUGGGAAUGGGAAUGGAUUCUUCUGAAGGGAAUUCAUGCCAUCAAAUGUAUGGAUUUUUGCCAUGUUCAACAAAUCUCCCAGGUCAUAUCUUUCUUAUCGUGAUAUAUGAAUUCUUGCUGUAUUGUGGAGAAUCCUAUGUUAGUCGUGAUGCACGUGAUCUUCUCUUUGGCAAAGGCUAUUGGGGUGCGGUUCUCUUUCAGCUUCUCGAUUCCUUACCAGAACCUCUUGUACUUGCUGCAAGUGUGGCUUUGAGUAACAAUGAAGCUGCUGACGAGCAUCUUGCAAUGGCAGUUGGGUUGCUAGUUGGAUCAUCGAUAUUACUUCUCACAGUUGUAUGGGGGUUCUGCACGAUCUUUGGCCGACGGAAGUUUGAUUAUGAAAGAAGCAAAAACGAUCAUUGGUUACGACGACUAUUGACUGGUUCUGGUGUUGUUACAGAUUCAGAAACCAGUCUCCGUGCAAGAUUCAUGCUUGUUUCUCUGAUGCCAUUUAUAGUCCUCUUGAUUCCGAUGGCAUACGGUGUUUCAUUUGACGAUCAAAAAUCUGUCCUUGCAAGCUCUCUUUUAGUAGCACUUCUAUGUUUAGUCUAUUACUUUUUCGCUCAGCAUGCAGAUGAUAGCAUACAGAAAAGAACACUGGAGUAUGCAGAAAUUGAAAGAAAGAUCGAAAUGCGGGUACCUUUUUAUGAAGUUCAAGUGCUUAUGCUGAACAGGAAUAAACAUCUCAUGCGUAUGGGAAUAGAGAUGGAGAAGAGGCUAGGAAUAGAAGUGGAGAAGAUGGAAAUAGAAAUGAAGAAGAUGGUGGGAAUGGGAAUGGGAAUGGAAAUGGAGAAGAUGGUGGGAAUGGGAAUGGAAAUGGAGAAGAAGAUGGGAAUGGAAAUGGAGAAGAAGAUGGGAACCAAGGAGCACAAAAUGAUUGGAAAGGAUGGAGUUCUUGUAAGGUUUAAAGAAUGGUUUUUUCAGAAAAUACAGUUGAUGGAGGAUCCAAAUUCACAUACAAAAUUCAAUCAGGUUGCUCAACUUUUGCUUGAAGAGAAAAUCAGUUUAAUAAAGCUAAUAUCUGGUAUGGUGAGACAUGAUCUUCUAAACAACCUCGAUGAAGCACAAAGAAAACUUGCCAUAAACAGAAUCUUUGAAGAGAUGGAUAGAGAUGGAAGUUCGUCUAUCGACCCAUCUGAAUUGAAACACUUUCUGGAAACGGAACAAAAGGAUAAACCAGUGAAUGAAGAAGUAGUGGAAAUGAUCAUGGCACAUUUAGACGUUGAUGGAAAUGGAAACAUUGAUAGAAAAGAAUUCGACAACGGGUUGGCAGAAUGGGCUUGGGAGAUCGAACAGCAUAACUCACGGAAUCAUGAUGCAGAUAAGAACAGAAGGGAUGAGGAGGCAAAGGGCAGAAGAGAUGGAAAAUCCAAGGCAAUUGGAUUUGUAGGAAUUGGGAUGUUGAUGUUGGGAUUUUUCGCUGAGCCGUUAACACAUAGCGUUCAAAUCUUUUCGGAAUCCAUCAGCAUUCUGCCAUUCUACAUUUCCUUCGUUUUUCUUCCGGUCGCUACACAAGCUAGAACAGCAUUUGCAGCCUUUGGAGCUGCAAAACAGAAGAGACAUCAUACAACGUCUUCAACUUUUUCGGAGAUGUACCACAAAGUGACGAUGAACAACCUGAUGGGGUUUGCUUUGCUUCUCUGUGUGAUGAUUUAUCGUGAGUUGACAUGGCAUUUCUCAGCUGAGGUUCUAACGUUGGUGAUUGUUUGUGGCAUUGUUGGGAUCCUUACAGGUUUCAAUUCCAAGUUUCCCAACUGGACAUUGAUCAUUGCAUUCCCGCUCUAUCCAUUAUCUUUGAUCUUUUUUAGCCACAUCAACUUCUAUUUUCAAUGAUUUUCAUUAAUCUAGAACUGCAAAAUUGCAUAUCGUGUUGUUGUUUCAAGUUUAUAUUUUGAGC